GUUGAUUGGUGAAAGGUACUGUAGAGCAGACCGAGCCCUGUGAGCACGGCUGGGAGAACGACUCCAGCUGAAAAGUGGAAAAUGGCUGGUCGGGCAGCUGGCAUGGCAGACUGAAACACCCUGGAACUUUUCUGGAACUCUCACUUGGUGCUUUGUGCUGCAGGAGGCUUUCGUGAACCAAGACCAAUCAUUUCACUUGAUCCUCUGGCUGAAUGCUGCCUGACUGAGGGGACGGAAUUCUCAAACCCCUCCAUUAAAACCUGAUAUAUUACCCAAACAAUUUAGUGAAUUCAUGAGGUUACGUAAAUGUGGAGGCUGCAAAAUUACCGUAAUCAAUUGAAACAGCAAGUGUGCGUCUGCCUGUGAGUCUGAUUAUUUGGAGAUCAUCUAUCAAGUAGAUGUGUGUGUAAUAAGCCAAGCGCAUUAAAUCACUGUCGAGUUGCAGUGGUAAGUCCAUGAUCAUUGGGCAAGUGAGUCUGGACAACAAUAAUUGCGAAUCUACACAGAUGAGGAACACAUCUUGCCUGACAUUAGAUAGCUGACUCUGUGUCUAAAAGGUUCUGUUCUAAAGGAACAGCUGCAUCAUCGAGGCGACACAGCAAGCGAUAUUCUCAACAAUCAGUGUUUUUUCACCCAGGAAAAAAAAAAUUGUUUUGAGAGGUAAGUGAGUAUGGAGGUCAGAUACAAUCAAGAGAACGAGUCAGGGAUGGUGCUGAAGAAUGGACUUAAGGAUGGGAAAGAGGGAAAGGAUUCCCAGGGAAACAUUUCAAAAUCGUUUCUGAAGGAGCAGCAGGAGACUUUUCCAGCUUCUGGGACAGCAGAAAACUGUGAGAAAAACCGAGGGAACUCGGCAGAUCCGGAUUACUGCAGGCGAAUCCUUGUGAGAGAUGCCAAAGGGUCCAUCAGAGAAAUUAUUCUGCCAAAGGGCUUGGAUUUGGACCGACCAAAGCGCACCAGGACCUCUUUCACUGCCGAGCAGCUGUACAGGCUGGAGAUGGAGUUCCAGAGAUGCCAGUAUGUGGUGGGAAGGGAGCGCACGGAACUGGCCCGCCAGCUCAAUCUGUCAGAAACUCAGGUAAAGGUUUGGUUCCAGAACCGGCGGACAAAACAGAAGAAGGACCAAGGCAAGGAUUCUGAGCUCCGCUCAGUGGUGUCAGAGACGGCGGCCACUUGCAGCGUGCUCAGGCUGCUCGAGCAGGGCCGCUUGCUGACUCCCCCUGGUCUGCCAGGUCUCCUGCCCCACUGCGGCAGUGGUGCCACCCUGGGCUCUGCCCUGCGCGGCCCAUCCAUGGCCAUCGCCAAUGGCGGCAGCAGUAGUAGCAGCAGCUCAGGGACGGCAGGGAGCCCUCCGCUGCCCACUGUCACCAGCUCAGGGCCAGCCACUGGCAUGCAGAGCUCCCCGCCUGCCCACGGUCUCUUCAGCUUCUCCAUGCCAUCUCUACUGAGCACCGUGGCCACCCGGAUCUCCUCCAACCCACUGUCGAUGGCUGGCUCCCUGGCAGGGAACCUGCAGGAACUCUCCGCUCGUUACUUGAGCUCAUCCGCCUUCGAACCUUACUCCCGAAACAACAGCAAGGAAUCCAUGGACAAGAAAGUGCUGGAAUGAUUUUUAAAAAGCUGUGUCUAUUUCUGUCACCAUGUUUGUUAACUUUGCUUUCUUUUUAUGUUGGUGUGCUGGUUCUUAUUGGUUGUUGUUCAUAUGCCACACACAGUUUCCUCAGAGAACACAUACCAACAUUAACUUGUUUAUUCUCAACAAAACAGAGAGAUUUUCAAAGCUUUUUGCACUAAAUAAAACCUUUAACUGCAUGUAAUGAAUACAAAUGCUUCAUGGAGCAAUUGACCAAGAGAUUACAAAAAUAUGAAAAAGAUCAUUUAAAUUAUAUUUUCAGUUAGUUGUGGUUUUUCUAAGUAGAUAUUUUUGUUAUAAUUUUAAAGAUUUAAAAUGGUGGAUUUUAUCACAGCAAAGAAGCUUAGAAAAUGAACCCAAUUCAGCUUAUUUACUCAACAAAAUCAAGACUUGGGAGAAAUGCACAGUCACAGAAACCUUUGAGCAACUCGGUUUUGUGUAUACUUGUGCUUGUGUAGUUUAUCUUUUUCUAAACUAACACCGUACACAUAUGUAGAGGUAGCAUGGAAGCUCCUAAAAGCAGGAAAUGCUCUCAGUCCCCCACAUUCCUCAGAAUCCAAGAGAAAAUGCAGAUCUAGCAACUUGCAUUUUCCUCUUAAUGUUUGCUUUUUCAAAAUAGUAAACUAAAUGAUGGUCAUUCGUUGACCAGUUAUUGACCAAAACAAACAGAAUAAGAAUGUUACAUGAUGAUUAAGCUGUUGUAUGUAUGUUGUUUUCAUAAUGGUUUUGUGAGGGUUUUCCAAACUUUAUUUAAACAUGGUCUAAAUGUGUAACUUUUAUGUCUUAAACAUGCAGUAUUUGACUUUUUAUCUGUAAUUAAAGUAUUAGAAUUGUUGUCCUGAUUGCCAUGUGUAAAUGACAUUUGAAAGUGAGUUUCGGUCCCUUUCAGGACUCAAAAAGUUACAAGAAGGGAUAAGAAGAGGUGCAUGGACCGUGGUUGUCUUAGAGCUUUUGAACUUUUGCAAGCUGCUCAUGGCCUUGAAUAUAUUAAUGUUAUUUGGUGCAAAAUGAGUUUUUGAGAGCAUAACUGUAACAGAUGCAAGGGUUUGCAAUUUUUAAAAGAUAUGACUCUUCUGAGAUGUGAAGAUUUUAAAAACCAUACCAUCAGCUUCAGGUCAGGAAGAUUAAGAACAAGAGUUGCUUAGUAAAAUUAUUGUAGUAUAACGUAAAGGAAAAUGAGAAUUGUACCUAAAAUUGUUAUUUUAUUGUAAAUUAUUCAUGUCUGUAAUUAAUAGAUGAUUAGUAUAUUUGAAAAACAGUGAAAGGAUGGCUGUGAAGGUGUGUCAAACAUCAGAGAAGGCUUUUGGUGCUGUUGUUGUCAAAU